AUGCCAAUUAUUGUGCAAUAUUGGAAGAAUUUAGGGAUAAGAACAUAUCUGAUGAUCACUUUGAAGGAGGGAGAGAGAAUUGAGGACGAUGAGGCCGCUAAGAAAGUUGUCGAAUUUGUCGAGGGGCAAGGGGUAAGCACAAGACAAAAAAUAAUGUAUACUAAUGUAUACCCAACGUUUUUAGCUUGCACUUUGUAGAAUUAACUUGAAAAACUCUGAAAUUUUUAAAUCCUAUGCACUUUUAAGGAUUAAACUACGCAAUUUUUCUAAAAAAUCAUUGUUUUCAACAGCAUGACGUUAGUCAAACCUUGUAGUUCCCACUUUAAGACCAUGUAUGUAGUGUUCAAAGCUGAACAAAAGAGCUUCUUUUCAGGCUGCAAUCGCCUAUUUCCAAAGCAAGAAGAUAAAGUCCGGCCAAUUCGCCCAAACUCUCCGCUGUUUUGCCGCUGGCACUGAAUUCGCUCACACCCUGGACCCCAACAAUACCAUAUUCAUCACGAGCGAUGUUGAUUUCUUCCCGAGUAAGACCGAAUUUCAUGUCCCCAAUCUCAUGAAGGGCGAGGAAAUUUUGUUCUAUGACAAAAGUUGCUGUGGAAACAUCAAUUGGAAGGAUGUGAAGUUCGAGAUGUACAUCAUGAUUACAAUUGCAAUGACAUUAAAUAGAUGGAGGGAAACUAUGGGUAAGGCGUACGGAGAUCACGAUGAUAUUGUUCUAGGACUGUCUCAUGUGGUCCCAGUCGACAGCGACUUUGUGGAGGACUAUAUAAACCAAACUUUCGACGGGGAAGUGGGGAAAAUGGACCAAUGGGGACAAUGGUUCUUGGACCAGAAAUUCUUUGGCCUCAAAUUUUGGCAAUGGAAGAAAACACAUAGAAAAGAGUGAGUAAUAUCGUAAGACGGUUGGCGAAUGAAGUGCGCAAUCAAGUUGCGCCAAGGCCACAUAUCAAUUCCUAAAAAUACAAGGCCUUGCAAGGUUUGCUUUUCGGGAACGGAGGAGACUUCAACGUUCUUUAUAAACGGGUGCUCAAUGCGUAGAGCUUUGUGAGACAAAAAUUAUUAACUAAUAAUUAGUUAGCAAGUAGUAGUACUUUUUAUAACGUUCUUUCCCUUUACUAAUAAUUUUCACCCCUCCGCCAUGCCUCCAACCAAUUGCAACCUAUUCAUAGGUUUGGUGCUCCUUUCACAAUACGUGGGCAGUUCUGGAAAAUUUAAAGAUUAAAAUCUCUUUAAUAUCGAGAAUUCAGAUGUCAUCAUUGUGAUUUCGCAAACGUAGCAUCAACAGAUUUCGCCCGCUUAUGCAAAUCCUCUUUCAUAAACUUGCAGGCAUCACUUUUGUUGCCCACGGCGAAGCCAGAGACUCGCGAAAACAUCAUGAAACUUUACAUAUCAUUAUAAAAGACACCAUUCUGUAAAAAAACACAAAGAGUUCUUUCAGAUACCAUCGAAUCAUCCGCAACAUCGAUCGCCGCGGCCAACCUCGUCUGGAGAGGAAAUGGUGGCCAAAAGAUGAGGAGUUGGAGAAGAUAGAUGACAUCUGGAAGACAUACGAAAGCGCCCACAUUACUCCAGGGAUUUUCUUGGACAACGUUUGGGCCAAAAAUCUCGUAUUUUAUAAGAAAAUAUUCCCGGAGAGUCAAGUCCAGCAGUUUUCGGAAUUCCGAGAUUCUCUGCUCCCAUUGAUGAACAUCACGGAGACCAUGCAGCGACAUUAUCAUCCAGAACAGAACGAUCAAUAUUGGAACAAAACUUUCGCUCAGAAGGGAAUGCUGGGCGACGGAAGGUCAGUACAACAACAUGGAAAAAUCUAG